AGCACGUUGAGGCCCAAGGAGAGCCGUGAACACUGAGGCUGUCCUUCUGAGCCCUUUAUCCUCUUGGCAGGACCCAGUCUCUCCCCACUCCUGGAGGGGACAGUGUAGGACCGCACCCUCCAAAGCCAGGCCAGGCAGUCAGCAGCCACAGCCAGGACCGCUCCACCCCUUGGGGCUCUCCUCAAGGAAGUGCCUCCUAAGCUUCCAACGCAUUCCGGCUGCCAGAGUGUGGCUGCCCCAGUCUCCUGUCUCCCGCUGUAGCCAAAUUCCAGCCUGGCCCGCAGCUAGCCCGGUCUGCAGCUCCAAGGGUGGUAGGAGCAGGGGGUGCUGGGUUUGCCCCCCCUCAGGAGGAAGGGGGGAAUCCCUCCCUGCCAGUGGGAGGGGUUGCAGCCUGCGCUUCCCCUCCCCACCGCCAGCCCUGGGUUAAAUGCGGCUGCUGCCUCUGCGUGCUCCAGUAGCCUGGCAGUCCCCACCUAGGGCACGCUGCCACACCGUUACCUGGUCCAAGUGCCUGGGAGGCUUUGCCUGUCGGCUUCGCUCUGCAGCUGCAUCUCUGAUCUGUCCCGCAGGCUCAGGCUCUGACACCUCCCUUCUCUGUUCCCAAGCACCAUGAGAGGCCUUUGCUGGCUUGUGUUGCUGCUCCUUCAUCUGCCCUGGGAAACCCAGCUCCAGUCUGCAGGUCCCAGGUGUCACACUGGGCCCCUGGAUCUGGUGUUCGUGAUUGACAGCUCCCGCAGCGUGCGCCCUUUCGAGUUCGAGACCAUGCGGCAGUUCCUUGUGGGCCUUGUCCGUGGCCUGAACGUGGGUCCCAACGCCACGCGCGUUGGUGUGAUCCAGUACUCGAGUCAAGUGCAGAGCGUCUUCCCUCUCCGCGCCUUCUCUCGCCGCGAGGACAUGGUGCGCGCCAUCCGCGACCUGGUGCCGCUGGCGCAAGGCACCAUGACGGGACUGGCAAUCCAGUACGCCAUGAACGUGGCCUUCAGCGUGGCUGAGGGCGCGCGCCCGCCGGAGGAGCGUGUGCCGCGCGUCGCUGUCAUCGUGACGGACGGGCGGCCUCAGGACCGCGUGGCAGAGGUGGCGGCGCAGGCGCGCGCCCGUGGCAUUGAAAUUUACGCGGUGGGGGUGCAGCGCGCGGACGUGGGCUCCUUGCGCGCCAUGGCAUCGCCCCCGCUGGAGGAGCACGUCUUCCUCGUAGAGUCCUUCGAUCUCAUCCAGGAGUUCGGCCUGCAGUUCCAGGGCCGGCUGUGUGGGAAGGACUGGUGUGUUGAGGGGAGACAUGGCUGCCAGCACCAGUGUGUCAACGCCCGGGGCACUUUCCACUGCGCCUGCUACCGGGGCUACAAGCUAGCAGCAGAUAACAAGAGCUGUUUGGCCAUUGACCUGUGUGCUGAAGGGACCCAUGGAUGUGAGCACCACUGCGUCAAUUCCCCUGGCUCCUAUUUCUGUCGCUGCCAAGUUGGCUUUGUACUCCAGCAAAAUCAGAGGAGCUGCAGGGCCAUUGACUACUGCAGCUUCGGGAACCACAGCUGUCAGCAUGAGUGUGUUAGCACCCUUGGUGGACCACGGUGCCACUGCAGGGAGGGCCAUGACUUGCAGCCCGAUGGGAGGAGCUGUCAGGUCCGGGACCUUUGCAAUGGCGUGGACCAUGGCUGUGAGUUCCAGUGUGUGAGCGAGGGCCUCUCCUACCGCUGCCUGUGCCCUGAGGGGCGGCAACUUCAGGCAGAUGGCAAGAGCUGCAGCAGGUGCCGGGAAGGCCACGUGGACCUUGUUCUGCUGGUUGACGGCUCCAAGAGCGUGCGUCCACAAAACUUCGAGCUGGUGAAGCGCUUCGUGAACCAGAUUGUGGACUUCCUGGAUGUGUCCCCCGAGGGCACGCGUGUGGGGCUGGUGCAGUUCUCCAGCCGCGUGCGCACUGAGUUCCCUCUGGGCCGCUACGGCACCGCAGCCGAGGUGAAGCAGGCGGUCCUGGCGGUGGAGUACAUGGAGCGCGGCACCAUGACAGGGCUGGCGCUGCGGCACAUGGUGGAGCACAGCUUCUCCGAGGCACAGGGUGCGCGGCCCCGUGCCCUCAACGUGCCUCGCGUUGGCCUGGUCUUCACAGACGGCCGCUCCCAGGAUGACAUCUCGGUGUGGGCAGCGCGUGCCAAAGAAGAAGGCAUCGUCAUGUACGCCGUGGGCGUGGGCAAGGCGGUGGAGGCGGAGCUGCGCGAGAUCGCCUCGGAGCCAGCAGAACAGCACAUGUCCUAUGCCCCGGACUUCGGCACCAUGACACACCUGCUGGAGAACCUCAAAGGCAGCAUCUGCCCAGAGGAGGGUAUCAGCGCCGGGACAGAGCUUCGGAGCCCAUGUGAAUGCGAAAGCCUAGUGGAAUUCGAGGGCCGCACGCUGGGGGCGCUCGAGAACCUGACGCGGAACCUGGCCCAGCUGACCGCGCGCCUGGAGGAUCUGGAGAACCAUCUGGCCAACCAUAAGUGAGGGACACUCGGGCUGGGGCGCGGCCCCACGGACCGUGCCAGUUGCGCGCCAUUGGGGCGCCGGGGCCAGGCAGAACCUGGGCCCGUCGGGAUUGGGCUGUCCGGGCGGAGGCGAUGGCGAGCUUCCAGCGCUGCGCUGAGCUGGCCUCGCCCGGACCAGAAGGCAGACUCCGGGGGUCACGGGGAUAGCGGGUGAUGGGGGAAGGGGCACGUGCUAGACCGGCACGCCUUCCCCGCAUGCUGUUCUCAGUUCUUUGUUGGAUUUGUUUGUUUUCUUUUUCUUAAAAAAAAAUCUGAUUUCCACCGGGUCCGUUUUUGGGUCUUGCUGCAUCGCCAGGGGGAGGGGAAGCCAGACGGAGCACGCUCUGCUGGCGCCCGGGCGGCGUCUCCUUGGAGAAAGGCGCAUUGUGCGGGGGUCGGGCGCGGGGGCGCCGUUUUCCCCUGCUUGUUUGUUCAGCGGAGAACAGAUGGCUCCUUAUGCAGGCUGCGGGAAGGGAGGGGGCUCAACAGGAAUCCUUGGGGUCUGAGCAAGUUUGCGCCACCCCAUUCCCCCGCGGAUUGAACGCUUCGCUCUCCGGCCAGGCCUAUCCCAUGGUGCCCCAAAUCUGGCUCAAAAACUGCUAGGGCUGAGCACUGGUGAGGGGUGCGGGGUGGGGUGGCGUUGGUGGGAAACCGAGAGGCAGUAAUUGAACCCUAAAUGGAUGGAGUGGGAGUGGAUAAAUGAGCUUUGCCCGAUUUUAACUCCCUCCUGCACUAGGUGGGAAGAGGAGGAGGUAUCAGCUGGGACCCCUGUCUAUCCAGCCUGGUGCCUUCCUUCUGUCACCCUCCCAGCCCCUCCGAAAGCACUUCUAUCAGCAAAGAACACAAACCAGUACCAUUUUCCAGGUGCAUGCAAGAAACCACGGAGUUUAAAAUGCUUCCAGUCCUAGAGUGAUUUGGGGAAAGUUAUUUUGUGUUUGUUUCCUCAUCCGCAAAGUAGAGACUGAAAUUCUUACCCCCAAGGGUGAUGGGGAGAAUCAAGGACUUUGUUCUAAGGCAUGUGACCUGUGCCUGGUACCUGUCAGGCCCUCAAUUAAUGGUAGCCGUUAACUAUUCUUACAGUAAUCGCUAACAUAUUUAGUGCUGGGCUUUAUUGUAACUGAUUUGCAGGUGAUUGCCACCACUCUUCUGCAUGCUGUCAAAUAUGUUAAGUAGUUAACAUAUUUAGUGUUGGGCAUUAUUGUAACUGAUUUUCAUUUUAUCCUUGCAACCAUCUUAUGAAAUAAGAAUUAUUGCUUUUAUCAUCCCCAUUUUACAGAUGAGGAAACUGAGGCACAGAAAGGUUAAGUUUCCAAUAGUAACAUAACCAGUAAGAAACUGAACCAGGAUGUUUCCUAUGGCUGCCCUAAUAAGUUACCACAAAUUGAGUGCCUAACAACACAAAUUUAUUACCUUACAGUUUUUAGGUCAGAAGUCCAAAAUGUGUUGGCAAGGCUUUAUUCCUUCCGGUGGCUUUUGUUUCCUGGCCUUUUCCAGCUUCAAGAGGCUACCUGAAUUCCUUCGGUCCUGGCCCCACAUCACUUCAACCCGUUUCCAUCAGUGCAUCUCUUUCUCUGACUCUGACUCUUCCAUCUCUGUCUUAUAAGGACCCUUCUGAUUAUAUUGGCAUGACCUGGAUAAUCAAAGAUAAUCAUCCCAUCUCAGGCUCUCUAUCUUAGCCACAUCUGCAAAGACCCUUUUGUAAUGUGAGGUGACAUAAUCACAGGUUCCAGGGAUUAAAACGUGGACAUCUUUGUGGGGAUGGCUAUUCUGCCUACCACAUGGGGCUUGAAGCCAGGCUGACUGACGUCAGAGCAGCUUCUCUUAAGCACUCUCUGCCAGGCACCUUGCUAGGCUUGGUGAAGAGGUAGAAACUGACGAAUGAGAAAAGCUGUUGAGUUGCGGAAGCUCCAGGCUAGAAGGGCUGCGGUCCACCUGACUACCCCUGUAGCAGAAAGAGGGAAUUUCAGAUGAGAGGGGGGAGAAAUUCCAGAGAGGUGAUCGUUAAACAGUGGCUGGAAUUUUCACAGGAGGCCACGGGGGACUUUACAGGUCUGCUGAUUCACCUAUUUGGUUCCUGAAUGCCUUGUAAAGCAUGAACAUAAACAACAAACAAAGUCCAAACUCCUUGAUCCCGAGAUUUUGUCAACUACGCGUGACGACUCCUCCUCGUCACAGACGCCGGUCCCGACAGAACAACAGACGUAAUUCGUCAUACCGUGAUGUGUCUCAACCUUCCUGGAAUCAACUUCGCCGUCUUAGUGCUAAAGCCCCUGAUCUUGUUCGGCAUCAAGGACAUUUAGGAAUCCUGCUACCUUGUUUCUUGCCAUGAUUGCUAUUUUGGCUUGUGAACAGGCUACCGCCUUUCCCGUUUCUCAUUCUCCCCCCUCUACCCGCCAAACGCUGUGGGCUUAUGUUCCUGAUCCACCUGUCUUAAGACCUGUUACUUGGGAUGAUCCUGCUUUUCCUGUUUACAUUAAUGACACCUCUAUACUUGGUUUUCCUUCUUCCUCUCAUAUUACUCCUCAACUUGCCAAUUACACAUAUACAGCUCAGGCCACUGCUCCUCCUAUGUGUUUUUAUGCUUCUUUCAUAUAUGAUAAAUUUUCUUACAGUGAUUAUGUCUCUUUACAACCUUCCCCUCCUCUGCCUAUUCCUGGAGACUUUUGUUUUCCUCUAGGAGUUAAACAAUUACAAACAUACAAUGACCCUUCCACUCUUGUCCCUGGUUAAUCCGUUUCUGUAAGAGAUUGGACAGUAUUUUAUCCUAGUAUUUGGGAAUCUCCUAACAUUUGUUCUCCUGAUUUUCCUUUCAUGGAACCACAACCUUGUCACUCUGACAACACUCCCUUUAAUCCUUCUCCCCCAUGGCGAUUUUGUUAUCCUAAUCAAAAACAAGCUCUGUAUUAUACUCUGCCUUCUGGUUUUACUUUGUAUGACUGGUCCAUCCCCUAACCCUUUAAGUGAUGAUCUAACUCAUUAUGAAAUGCCCGGUGGGUGGAGCACUCCUAUUUUUACCACUGAUAAGGGCACAAUUUACACCUCUCUUUGGAAAUUGUUUUUGUCUGUGUACCCCAGUUAUUAUUUUGUUGGCUCUCGUAGCCGUGCCUAUCCAGGUAGAGGUCAUGUAUACAUUCAAUCUUGUGUUACAUCCCCUUACACUAUUUUACUUGGUAAUGUUUCUUUUUCUGAAAACAAUGGCCAUUAUUCAAUUUCUUGCAUUAAUUGUACCCUCACCAAUUGUAUGGACUCCUCUAUGUUUCCUACUUCUACAAUAUUGAUUGUUCAUCAACCUCCUUAUGUUUUGCUUCCUGUUAACAUUUCUGGUGAUUGGUAUGAUGAAAAGGCCUUACAAAUUUUUCAUGAAGUUCGUAAACUUCUGUUAAGACCCAAACGAUUUAUUAGUAUUCUCAUUGCUAGUAUUAUAGCUAUUGUUUCUGUUGUGGCUACUGCUGCCACUGCGGCUGUUAGUCUUGCUCAUAGUGUUCAAACUGCUUCUUAUGUUAAUCAUUUGGCAAAAAACAUUUCAGUUACUAUGGAAACUCAAAAGGACAUUGAAAAGAAAAUUGAGGUUAAACUUAAUGCUUUACAAGAAACUGUUAACAUAAUUGGAGAUAAGGUGUAUAAUAUUCAAAAUCAUCUUACUCUUCAUUGUCAUGUGGAUUUUAAGUAUAUUUGUGUUACUAAUACUCCCUAUAAUGAUACUCAUUGGAAAUGGCCCUUAGUUAAGGCUCACUUGCAAGGUAUAUGGAGUCAUAAUAAUAUGUCAUUGGAUAUUCUUAAAUUGCAACAAGAAAUUCAUGUUAUUGACUUUUCCCGCAGAGAGCUUCCUGAGGAUGCUCGUGACAUCAUUAACACCCUGUCGUCUUGGACCCAGGGCUUCCACCUGCCAUCAUUUUCUUCAAUCAUUGCAGUCAGUGGCUGUGUUCUUUUACUAAUUGUGUGCCUACCUUUCAUCUUUCGCCUUGUGUUCUCCUCCCUCCAGAAGAUGCAGCUUAAACUUUUUGAGUUGCAUUUAAAAUCUAAAAAUGGAGGAAAUGCGGGGAUCGCUCCUGCGAAGGGCCCUUGACAGGACCCUCACCAUCUUGAGCUUGAGCCCAUACACAUUUCUCCUCUCCUGGAGGCUGUUGAGCUAAGGGAAAGGAGGAAGUCUGGUUGCACUGAUUUUAUAAACAUCCAUCUUUGCCUCUGACAUUUGCAACAGAAUGGCUGAGCUCAGGCCUUGUGGUCUAAUGAGACAUUGUAUGGUUAGACAUUGUGUGCCUCCUAGUUCCUUCUCUGCACAAUAACUCUAUGACUUUGUUUACCUCUGCUAACGCAAUCAUAUUGUUUGCAUAUGAUCCUAUAUGAAUAGGCAAGGUUAGAAUGACAUUUGGAAAGGUCCAGCUAUACCUUGUUAACAAUCUUACUUGCUUGCUUAACUGAUUUUAGAAAAACACAUGUUUAGAUUUAUGACCCCCUUUUUGCAAACUUUAUUGUCCUUUUGCUGUACACCCUAUGAUUAAGAGUCAUACUUUCUGUACCCCUUUUCUUGUGAUUUAUGUUCUUUAUUUUAUUUCAAGAUACAAUGGAAUGUACAUCACUCCUUAAACACUGAAAGGUCUAUAACCUGUAGUUUGCACAAAUAAACUUGCUGUCUUGGCACUUCUUGCUCCGGCAUUGCCUGGCAGUCCUCCAGA